AUGAAGUUUUUUUUUCAUUUAGAUGAAGUUAUUACAUUGUCUGAUAGUCCACUGGAACAUAUCAACGCUACCCCAUUCUCGGUUUUUGGAAGCCAGCAUUCGCCCGGUGGAAAUGUUUCAAAAUGGGCACCCUUGUUACGUCGCUCGACAACGUCGGAUCCAUCUCCACCGUCAAAAAGUGUUCCGACUCCGUUGCGGCACAUUAGUCCAGCAAGUGAAGCUGAGCUUGAAAAGGCCGGAUUUGACCCACAUGAAGGCUCAACUAUUCGUUAUCCCGCAAAUGAACACUGCCGUCAAUACGAGAUGGAUAUUGUGAAGUUGUGCACCGCCGAGAAUUCAGCCGUUUGUCUUCCAUUAGCUAUUUCGGCUGACCAUAUCUGUGCAGUAGUGGUCAUGAAUUUCUUGAGGUGGUUUCCACGCAGCCGUGCAAUCUUCUGUUGUAGUAGUCUAGAGGCAGCUCAUUUGUUUGAGGAGCGCUGCAAAGCAAUUGGAAUUCCACUUGAAGAAAAAUAUCAGAUCCUUUUUCGAGUAAUUCUUGUGACUCCUUCCGUUCCGUCAACUUCUCGCAAGCUUAAACCUUUGCGAAAUCGGCAACAAAUCAUCACUUCCCUAAUUAUAUCUCAGUGGAUUGAACCAUCCGCCUUGGAUCCUUCAUUCAGAAGUAGUGCUGUUCCGUUAGAAAUUUCGGUCGAUUACUACAGCACUACGGAUGGGACAUCCGAAUUGGUAUCUUUCACGGAGAAAUGGAUUGAGGCAGAUGCUCCUUUCGAAAUUUCAUUCAAUAACCAGUCAUUCACUUCUCAUCCGAAGUUCUCACGACUUAGGAGUGUUCUGGAAAAGUGUUCAUUUCCUGUGAGGUGCUUAAUACUAUGUGAGAAUGGACAUCUGUCUCGUGUGGUAUGUGAAUCACUGCAUACUCCUCAACUUCGUGAUGCCAUCAUAAGGGUGCUACCAGAUAUAGCACGUAAGUUGCAGAAUGAGAGUAUUAUACUCGUGGUUGAUAUCGACAUUCCCAAUUUCGUUAACGUCGUCGACACAAUAUGUUCCAGUCGACUUCAAGUGGUGGUUUCCAUGGACAGGAGGUACAACUUCAGUUACGAGUUCAGUCGCUUGCAGUUACCUAGCAGUAAAAUGGAGCUUGUUCAGUACAUUCCAGUUACGUUGUGUAGUGUACUGGACAUGAAAGUUGUUUCUUGACUAGCUGUCACCCUUUCCAUGGGACCAUACAUCACCGAGGCUCUUGGCUUUCCCUCCUUUCAUCAAGUUUUUUGCCCUAAUGAUGUCGUCAGCAAUCAAUUGUCAACGGGAAUGAUCUGCGGAGCACAAAUCGGCGCUGAACAGAGUGAAGCUAAGGCUGCAGUCGAAAUCACAAUGUCGGCCAUGAUUUACCGUCUAUUAUCCUUUUAUGACAUGGAUUCAGCAAUCGGCAUUCAUCAGGAACAUUUUGGAUAUGAUAGUACGGUCGACGCCAAAGAUAUCCUGGAUCAGGCCGUGGAGUAUACCUAUCGCACAAAUGCUCAUGAGAAAGCCGCAAUUAAUCCUUGUAAGCAGUGUGAGAAUAAACCAUUGCUUACUCUGAGUGACAUACUCGACGAACUUUCUGACACAUUUGCGAAAUUUUCCACUUCGGACGCUUUGGUCAGGAAGCAAGCAGAUGUAAUUAUUGAGAAGGUGAAUGAAAUGAAGAGAAAACAUGCAGCGGGGAAGAGGAAUAAUCUUGCUCAUAGUUGGAAGUACUCUGAUUCCAUGCAGAACUUCAAAGCAGCAAAGAAAAUGCCACAGCAUUCUAGUCGUUGCGAUUUGAUCAGUUUCAUCACGGUAUCUCUAAAAACGAAACUGACGACCAGUGUUGAAGAGCGUGCAUUUGGAAUAUUUUGUCACGAUGGAUAG